GGAAGAUGCGCGGUCAAUAAGUAAUGCGUUACUUCAAUGGGUGUUCUGGGAUUACAAGUAGCAACUACGCUGGUGGCUGCUAGUGUUUUGUCAAAAAUCAUUUCAUUCUUCUCGUUCACUCGUUUCUUGGUUGUGGGUCUCACACGAUAUGCCGUACCAACUGAUCAACAACUUUUAGAAGCUAGCGGGAAUUGUAAAAUAAAGACCAAAGGUAAAAGAAAGAGGAAUGACUCACUUCCUGGAUCUCCCAAUGGAUCAAGUUGUAGCUCGGAUACCUUCUAUUUUUCCCGCUCGACAACCAUUCAUCUAAAGCGGUCAAAUGUAUCUAGCUCUGAUGUCGCCAUUUUACCCUUAUAUUCUAGUCAUCAGUGGUUGGUUGACUUCACUGUAUGUGCUGUUUGUGUAUAUUUAAUUAACGAAGUAGCUUAUAAUUGCAUCAUCCCAUGGUAUGAAGGUUUUGACAAAAGUCGAACCUCGGUAUCAUAUACUGGCGCAAACCAAAGCUCUCCGUAUCCCAUAUCUCUCAGCGUACGUAUCAAUUUGAGUCUAGUUUGGAUGACUUUAAGUCUUUGGUUUACUAUUCGCACUCUCAUCUCCUUGACAGCAAUGUACUUUCAAUCUAAAAAUGACUCCACAAAAAUCGAAUCUCGAUCUUUUAAAUCCACUAUAAAUACAGCACUUACAAACACACUUUCAGGUGAGUGUAUACUCAUCCUUGCAGCUGGCUUUUUCUUCCUUGUUGUUGCAACCCUAUUUCUCUCCCUUGAUGGAACAUUGCUUGAUUUCGGCCUUCAAGCUGCCUACGGAAAUUUAACUUUUGGAGAAUCUGCCUCUUCUAGCACUCCAAUCAUUAGCUGGGGUGCAUUUCACUUCAUUCUAGCCGUUAUAGCCUGUUCAAUUGGUUCCCUGUUUGUUUAUCCAGGAAUAAAAUUUGGGAAGAUAUACUUGAGCACUGUUAAGCAACAUCCAUUGUCAUUAAUCAAACGAUUCAUAAUACAUCUGAAUUUCAUUUGUCCAAUAAUUCCUAUUUUACUCUGGCUUAUUCCAAUCACUGAGCAUAUUUCUCGUUCACUGACUACGCUCACUCAUAGCGAUUUAUUAACUGGACAGCCUUUUCUCAUCAUAAUCAUCAACUUUAUAUCUAAUCUGUUCAUGAAACAUUUGGAUAGCAUUCGACUGGUUAUAUCGUUAAUAGUUGUACUAUUUCGUCUUUCUACUGUUCGUUGGAUAUUACAGGCUUAUUUAAAUUCUGCUCAAGAUAAACUGGACAGAUUUGCUCAUGAAGCAGGAAAAACUUCAAAUAAAGAAGUACAACGAUUAGUUGCAAGUAUAUUUUAUUGCUUAAACCUAGUCGCCUUGCAAUAUAUUUCACCCUGUUUCCUGUUCUUAUGUCUUUUAUGUUUAUAUAAAAAUUUAUCAGGUCUAUCAUGGUUACCCUAUGAUCAUCAUCAUCAACAACAUCUCUAUUCUGAUACAUUAAAUCUAAAAACAUCUUUUCUAUUAAAUGCUCAAAAUAAUUCAACCAACUAUUUUUUAUUUGAUUUCAUUGAUCAAAAUAAUUUAACUUCAUGGUCAACUGCAUUUAUGCAGGCCAGAUUUAUCUUUAGUCAAAUUAUGGAUCAUUUCUCAUUUCGUGGAAUGAUUGUUUCACGCGGUGUAUUUGGAUUUUUAGUUUGGUGGACCUUAACUAGUUGGCAAUUGAUGAGUUUUUUAGGCCUAGCUUAUCACCGAUUUGCAAAUGAAUAAGAACAACAGUAAAAUUUAGCCUUUACUAACUAUAAUGUAAUUUACUUUUAGUAUUAUUGUUAUUAUGCUAAUGAUGAUUAUACUUGUUCCUUUCGAGCAUUUUUUUCCUCUAUAAAACCUACAAACAUACCUCUCACCCUUUUUCUCUUUCUCUACAUAUACGUCAUUAAAUAUUUUCAUCUAUGAAAAGAAAUAAGAGUAAAACAUGAAAAUAACGGAACAUUUAGUUAAAAGGAAUUAAACACAAAAUAUGAUUCCCGAA